UGAGUGUGUGUACAAGAGUGAUUUUGUGAGUGCGUGUGUUUGUAGUGGAAGUAUUAUUGUCAGUUGGAGGGUGACAAGUAACGUCGUCAACACUCAGUUGCUGUUGCUCUGAAACGUUUAAGAACCACGCACGUAGGAGCAUAAUGAAUUUAACUUAACUUUACUUAAUUCGACGUCACUAAAUUUAGUUUAUAUUUCCCCUCCACACAACUUUGGCACGGCAGCCAUAACUUUUAUACAAUAUAUAUAUAUAUAUAUAUAUAUAUAAAUACAACAUCCGAGGUUAAAAAAGUUUACUCUGAUAUCUACCUUUAUAUAUUACAUACUUACAAAGGAAAAUAUUACAUAGAUAUCUCGUAUAUAAUACAUAUAUACAUACACACACACGUACAUCUCUCUUUCUCUUUCUUUCGUAUAUAAAUAUACAUACACACACUGAGUGAAAUAACUUCCGAAAAAAAAUAUAUAUAAUUGACUAACAAACAAAAUUUUGGAAUUCAACAUAGCGAGAUGGUGAUAAGGAAGUUCCGUUUAUGUUGGCGACCUGUAGCUCCAUGUAUCAUCGGCCUUUGUCUUGGAAUUACUUUCAGUUUAAUCUAUGUGCCUUUCAUCAGUGAGCAGCGAUGUUCUGUUAAAACCGACGAAGAAAAACAACUAGAACUGAUCAAACUACGCGAAACGAAGUCUUUACAUGUCCAAGAACGGUUCGCGGGACCACCACCGCAAGCUGCGGUGCUGGACUCGUCGCAGAACCAGAAGCGAACUCAGCAAGAUAACAACGCACAGAACCCGGUGAACAAUGCAGACAAUAUCAACAAGAAGAAUGAACCGAGGUUAAAACUGCAAGGCCAAGGCAAUGUCCACGAUUCUAUCCCGGUCGGGCCUCCUGCACCAGGAAUUAAAUUCCAUAAGAUGGCCAGACCUCGUUAUAUCUCCACCGAACUGGGCAUCCGUGAGAAGCUAUUUGUGGCCGUGAUAACUUCACCUGAGAGUUUGGAUACACUGGCAGUGGCCUUUAAUAAAAGUGUUGCUCACCAUGUUACCAAACUGGUGUUCUUCAACAACAAGAAAAGCAUGAACUACGCAGGGAGCGGUAUGACAGUGAUCGGCUUUUCUCAGGCCAACUCCGAACACAUCCUACCGUUGCUUAUUCUCAAAUACUUGGGAGAUCACUACUCUAAUACAUUUGAUUAUUACAUGUUCGUCUCGGACAAAACCUACGUCCGUGGUGAGAAAGUAUUCGACUUGGUCAGUGAUAUCAGUGUCAGUGAAGAUGUCUACCUGGGAGCUGUCCAAAAAGAUGGAAAAUGUACUUUAGAUGGAGGAGUAAUUAUAUCACAAUCAAUGUUGGCGAUGACCCUGAAAAAGUUAAAAGAAUGCUACAAUGUACAGAAGGAAAUGUCCAUGGAGGUGGUACUUGAACGGUGUCUCUUACAAUCUACAGGCAAAUCUUGUAAAAAAUUUGCUGGGGACCAGACAUACAGCUACUUGCAAGUUGCUGAGCUUGACUAUGACAACAUGCAGAUCCUACACAAUGCCAGACUGAAGCCAUCCAUAGCUUUUGCACCAAUGCCUGAUGACAUAUCUGCAUACAAGCUGCAUAAGUACUUCUGCCAAAUGGACUUAAAUACAACUCUGCAAGAGAUCGAACAAACAAAAGAGGAGAUACUUUAUCUCAGUCAGUUUGCCCCCGGUGGUAAAAGUAGCCUAUCAUGGCCAAUCGGUGUGCCAGAGCCAUUCAAGCCAAAGAAUCGUUUUGAUGUCAUACAUUGGCAAUACUUCACAGCUACACACCUGUAUUUUGAUAAUGAUUAUUCAAACGAGAAAGUUCUUUCAGGAGUCAAUAAACUUGAUGUCAAUGAAGUCAUCAAAUUAGCACAAGAUAAACUGGCCAAGAAGUACAAGAAACGCUACUCAUUCUCACGCUUGGUCAAUGGUUACCGUCGAUUCGAUCCAUAUCGGGGAAUGGAGUACAUUGUUGAUUUUGCACUGGUUGACAACAUUGAAAAGAAAACCAUUGAAAAACGUCUUCACAUGGUGCGUCCACUGGGCCACGUGGAAAUCAUCCCUAUGCCCUACGUAACAGAGAACACACAGGUGAAUCUUAUCUUGCCAGUGUCAGACGAGGACAAAAAUGAGUUGGGUAGCUUUCUGGACUCUUAUGCACAGAACUGCCUGGAUGCUGGCGACAACACCAACCUGCUAAUUGUAUUCAUUUACAAGAACAACUCACACUUGUUGGAUGAAGAUAAGUUCUACGUACUUAAAUCAAUGAUCACAUACUAUAACAAUAAAUACCAUAAAGAGAAAAUCAGAUGGGUGAACUACGAAACUGCCAGCAUAUAUGUCCCUGAUUUAAUGUUAAUGGAUUCUGUCUCACAACAUUUCCUACCAGAGUCCCUACUACUUUUGUCAACAGUUGGCAUGGACCUAGCAACAGAGUUUUUCAACCGUGUUCGUAUGAACAGCAUCCUAAAUUGGCAAGUGUUCUUCCCAAUUGGUUUCUGGCAAUACAAACCAAACUUGAUUUACGACAAGCGACCGUACCCUACGUCAAUUGACCUCAAGAGAAAUGUCGGCCACUUUGAUGUGUAUUCCUAUGAACACAGCAGCUUCUACAACAAGGACUACCAGGAAGCUCGCAAAAGCAUCCCUUCAAAAGAAGUAAAUAACUAUGAUCUAUUCAGAAUGUUCCUCAAACACAAAAAAGUCCAUGUGUUGCGUGCAAUCGAACCAACGCUGAAGCACCGCUACAAAACAAUCAGCUGCAUACAGUCAUCACCAAAAUACAUCUAUGAGCGAUGCAGGAUUCGUCGGCUGGAGGCAUUGGCAAACCGGUCUCAACUGGCUCGACUUAUAUUUGAAUAUGAAGAAAAAAUGGAAAAAUUAAAGUUGAAGAAAAAGGUGAUUUUUAAGGCUGAUGAGUCACCAGCAGCCAACAGCAAGAACAAGAAGACAGCACAGAAAUCUUAGACUGAAAUAAGCAAGACUGAGGAACUGGCCUGAGAAAAACCUCAUUAAUUUAAGGCUGUUACUCUCAUACACAUACAGUUUUGAACAUUGUUACAUACAUACAUACAGCCACCCAUAUAAACAUGCAUCUAAGUUGACAUUCACAAACAAUAACAAAAGCAAACGCACACAACUAACAUUUGUGUAUAUUUUUAUGUCUAUGCACACACACACACACACACAUAUAUAUGUUUAUGACUGAUUAAAAUAUAAGACAUCUAUGAGCACAAUCUAAAACAGAAG